AUGGACAUCUACCUGGUCAACCAGGCCGUCUAUCCAAACACGCAAAAUCUGGUUGCAACCAAUGUGGAUACUAGUCUGGGCGAAUACACAAUCAACGCCAAAGACGUCAAUGUCGACGUAGGAAAGGGGUACCAAGUCAACUUUGUCUCGCCCAAUGGUGGUAUUCUAGCUCAGUCGCAGCAGUUCAAUGUGACUCCAGCUAAGGCUACGGAAGCCUCUACCUCUGGUAAGGACUCCAGUACUGCCAGUGGAAGUUUAUCUGCUUCUGCUGCUACCUAUGCAUCAAGCUCGAUGCUUCCCACUUCCUUCUCAGCUUAUACAUCCCUCCCAGUCUCUUCGACCACUUCUAUUAGUUCGACUUCUGCUUCUUAUACUUCUUCUUCAGCAGCGUCCCUUACUUCCUCGACUGCUACUCACUCAUCCAUCAGUUCGUCUACCCAUACCAUCCCUCAUUCAUCUACUGCUUCUUCUGCCCUUACUUCUUCUUCUAUAAGAGCUUCAUGUGCGUCUACCCCUAGUACGAAGACUUCUACCAUCUGCAUUAUUGGCCUUGUUUCAAUCCGCUUCAAUCACUUGAACAUCAUAUAG